AUGAACUUGAAGCUACUAUCCCACCUAUCGAAAUCUCAGAGACAAUCGGUAGUCAUGUCCGUGUAUAAGCCUCCAGUCAAUAGAGAAAUGAGAGAAUUGGAUCGGUCCUUUUUCAACAAAACAAUACCGCUUCAAGCUGCUUAUUUCCCACAACCAAAAUUUCUCGGACAAUUUGUCAAAGCUUGUCAACCAGACAUCUUUUACGUUCGCAAUAUUAAACAUAUUGUCGAUUUGGAUAACUCCAAGGCGGUGCUAUUGAGGGAAGGGAUUGAGAAAGUACUGGAUUUGGGUGAAAAGACUCAGGAAAAAGUCAGACAGUUCAAUAUUGAGUUGAAGCCAUACCUACUUCAUCUUGAUUAUUCAUUUUGGAAAAGUGACGAGAUUCUACAGGCCAUUUUGCCUGAGGAUCUAGUUGAUGAGGUUCCAAGUGGAUACAGCCAGGCAGGACACCUCGCUCAUUUAAAUCUACGCGAUGAAUUUAAACCCUAUGGUAAACUAAUUGGGCAAGUUAUUAUGGACAAGAACCCUUCGAUAAAAACAGUUGUUGACAAGAAGAACACAAUCGCCAAUAAGUUUAGGACAUUUCCCUUGGAGCUCCUUGCAGGGGAGGACAAUUUUAUUGUGGAGCAGAAUGAAAGUGGGUGUCGCUUUAAGUUUGAUUUUAGUAAGGUUUACUGGAACUCACGUCUUAGCACGGAGCAUGAAAGGCUAGUUAACAAGUUUGGAAAGCAUGAGGUUGUUGGCGAUGUCAUGGCUGGUGUUGGUCCAUUUGCGUUACCCAGUGGUAAGAAGGACACAAUUGUUCUUGCUAACGAUUUGAACCCAGAGAGUUACAAGUACUUGCAGGAGAAUAUAGUGUUGAACAAGGUAGAUACGUUCGUCAAGGCAUGGAACUUGGAUGGCCGAAAAUUUAUUCAAACAGCAGCAGAGUUGCUACAAGACUUGUCAAAUCGAGGUCCUUUGAAGAAGUCUACAGUCAAAAGAUCCAAGAAUAAUAAAACCAUCACCACUGAAGACAUCCCUGUGCCAAAGUUCUACCACCAUUUUGUCAUGAACUUGCCCGACUCUGCUUUGUCUUUUCUUGAUGCAUACAUUGGCCUUUAUUCAAAAUAUCCCCAAGUUCGUGACGAGCCAGGCUUCAAGCUACCUUGGAUCCACGUUCAUUGUUUUGAAAAAUUUGAAAAUGGCGAAGACCCAACAGUACAAGAGUUGAGUGAAAGGCUAUGGGCCAAGAUCUGUAAAUUAAUUGAUUACGAAUUGGACAUCACAAAGAUGGAGUUUCAUCAAGUAAGAAUGGUGAGCCCUACUAAACCAAUGUUUUGUGUUUCAUUUGAAUUACCCGAGGAAGUGGCGUUUCGAAGUCAAUAA